AUGGCUACAUUGGUUUCUCACAGGCUACCUUUGAUCCCACCAGCUUCGAAAAUACACGCGUCUCAACUUGGCAGUGUAUCACCAAGCCGCCAUGAUGUCGUCACGACUCUGAACUACUGGAAAGACCCUGGUGACGGCUCUGCACCUUUGCCCAUUAUAGUUGGAGACACCAAAGUGACCAACGAACGACCCACUAUCGCUUUCCAAGUUACAGUGGAGGAUGUAACUGGCCAGGAAGGCCACUUCACUCUGGACUCCCACGGGUUUCAGUUUUGCCGUCACGAGAGCAAUGAGAAGCUGUUCAAUGACGAGCAAAGGAUCAAAGGGGAGUAUUUCCCAGAGGCGGAGAAGUUGCUCCGCCACAUAACGGGAGCAUCUCGAGUACACGUCUUCGAUUAUAAAGUGCGCCGCGGCCCAUCGUACUGGCAUCAGCUUGGGCAAAACAAUGUAGCAUCUCGAGGGCCACUGAGGCGGGUCCACAUAGACCAGUCAUACCACGGAGCUGAAUUAGUGCUGAGGAAGUACUGGCCGGAGGAAAAUGAUGCCCUGAUGGAGAGAAGAUGGCAAAUAAUCAAUCUUUGGCGCCCAAUCAAGACUAUCCAUCAAGACCCAUUAGCCGUGGCAGACUCCAAGUCCGUGCCAGAGGCAGACCUUGUCGCCACUUCUGUGCUUGACGACUCAGGAGAGAAGAAGGCCGAGACGUGGACGGUGCGGCCCAACGCAGCUCACCGUUGGUACUUUAAGUAUGAGCAGACACCCGACGAGGUCGUACUGAUCAAAUGCUUCGAUUCAGCAAAGGAUAUUGCAAGGCGGGCACCUCACUGCGCCUUUGAGGACCCGGCAUAUGGAGGAGACGAGGGGUGCAGGGAAAGCGUCGAGGUGCGGGCUUUGCUGGUAUACUAG